AUGUCAAUUGACAUGUUGCGGAAAGAGCACCCAAACCCGCCUUUUGGGCCUGCCAAUUUUCGAGAUCUUGAAUUUUGCUCCCGUCACGACAACUUCUCGACGCCGACACACACGACACCGACGAGAUGGCCGCCAAAUCCCAUAUCCCGAUCGUCAAGAAGCGUUAGCACGAAGCGCUUUUUCCGCCAUCAAUCCGACACCUUCAAGUGUGUGCCUUCAUCAUGGCGCAAGCCCAAGGGUAUCGACAACCGUGUCCGCCGACGAUUCAAGGGCACCAUUGCCAUGCCCUCCAUCGGUUAUGGUAGCAACAAGAAGACCCGCCACUUGAUGCCCUCUGGACACAAGGCUUUCCUCGUCCACAACAUCAAGGACGUCGAGCUCCUCCUCAUGCACAACCGCACCUACGCCGCUGAGAUCGCCAGCGCCGUCUCCUCCCGCAAGCGUGUUGACAUUUUGGCCAAGGCCAAGGCUCUCGGUGUCAAGGUCACAAACGCCAAGGCCCGCGUUACCACCGAGUCAUAG